ACCGGCACAAUUACAAAAACUAGAAGCUUCUCCUCUCCUUGCUUGCUUUGUACUCCGAAUCAAAAAAGCUACUGUAACUCUCUCUCUCUUUCUGUGUGUGAAAAUAUCUGACAAACACAGUGAUAUGGUAUAUAAGGAUUUGGGAUUGGAUUCUCCUCUACAUUUCUUUUGCUGCACUAUCAAGUGCUUGAAUCCAAAGAGCCAAGAGAGAGAGAGAGAGUAAAACAAAACAAAGAAAACCCAUUAAGCCAAAACAGAGAAACACCCAUCUAUCUCUUCAGAAAGCAAGCAUGGGAGGUUCCAAAACCAGGCCACCAGGUCCACCUUCCUUUGCCUCCAUUUUCUUGCUCUUUCUCACUCUCUCAUGUGCUCCCCCGCCCACCCAUGUUGUCUCAGCAAUCCCACCACCCCAGCAGCCCAUCAAAACCAUUGUGGUUUUGGUCAUGGAAAACCGGUCCUUCGACCACAUGCUUGGAUGGAUGAAGAAAUCCGUCAACCCAUUGAUCAAUGGAGUCACGGGCGAAGAAUGCAACCCGGUAUCCACCAACCACACAAACCCAGAAUCCAUUUGUUUCACGGAUGAUGCUGAAUUUGUGGAUCCGGAUCCGGGUCACUCCUUUGAAGCAGUCGCGCAACAGGUAUUCGGCUCAGGCCCCAUUCCUUCCAUGUCUGGUUUUGUGGAGCAAGCACUCUCAAUGUCUCCAAACCUAUCAGAAACUGUCAUGAAAGGCUUUAGACCUGAAUCUGUGUCAGUCUACGCUGCUUUGAUUCGUGAAUUUGCUGUCUUUGAUAGAUGGUUCUCUUCAAUUCCCGGCCCAACCCAACCCAAUAGGCUGUUUGUGUACUCUGCAACUUCUCAUGGCUCAACAAGCCAUGUUAAGAAGCAGCUGGCUCUAGGGUACCCACAAAAAACCAUUUUUGAUUCUCUUCAUGAGAAUGGCAUGGAUUUUGGGAUUUACUUUCAAAACAUACCCACAACUUUCUUUUACAGAAAUAUGAGGAAGUUAAAGUACAUUUGCAAGUUCCACCAGUAUGAUUUGAAGUUCAAGAAAGACGCUAGAAAUGGGAAGCUUCCAAGCUUGACAGUAAUCGAGCCAAGGUAUUUUGAUCUGAAGGGAAUGCCUGCAAAUGAUGAUCACCCUUCUCAUGAUGUGGCAAAUGGGCAAAAACUGGUUAAGGAAGUUUAUGAGACAUUGAGAGCAAGUCCUCAGUGGAAUGAGACCCUUUUGGUGAUUACCUAUGAUGAGCAUGGUGGGUUCUACGAUCAUGUCGAGACUCCUUAUGUUAAUGUUCCUAAUCCUGAUGGGAACACAGGCCCUGCUCCAUAUUUCUUCAAGUUUGAUAGGCUUGGUGUUCGUGUGCCGACAAUUAUGGUCUCUCCCUGGAUCAAAAAAGGGACUGUGAUAAGUGGCGCAAAAGGGCCUGCUCCAAACUCUGAGUUCGAGCACUCUUCAAUCCCUGCCACCAUAAAGAAGAUGUUCAACCUCUCCUCUAACUUCUUGACUCACAGGGAUGCAUGGGCUGGAACAUUUGAGCAGGUUGUUGGGGAACUCACCUCUCCUAGAACUGACUGCCCAGAGACCCUGCCAAAUGUGGCACCUUUGAGGAGCACAGAAGCAGAGGAAGACAGAGGGCUCUCCGAGUUUCAAAGUGAGGUGGUUCAACUAGCAGCCGUUCUUAAUGGCGACCAUUUCUUGAGCAGCUUUCCAAAUGAAAUGAGCAACAAAAUGAAUGUGAAAGAAGCCCAUGAGUAUGUGAGGGGUGCUGUUGCAAGGUUCAUAAGAGCAAGCAAAGAAGCCAUCAAGUUAGGCGCGGAUAAGUCUGCCAUUGUUGAUAUGAGAUCCUCGCUCACCACCAGAUCCUCAAUUCAUAAUUAAUGAUCCUUUACACAGUUAUAUGUCAAAAUCCAUGUCUAGCUUAUAAAUGUCUAAGAAAGAAAAGAGUCUAUUCUUAUUGGUUUUGUCAAAGUAGAAUCCAAUGAAAACAAGGGGAAGCAGUACUUUCUAGAGUGAUUUGUCCAUC